AUGACCUCCAAAGUCUUCAUUGUUACAGGCGCCAGUAAGGGUAUUGGCGCCGCCAUUACCCGUUAUCUACUUAACCAAUCCCACAAGGUUGUUAUUACAGCUCGAUCAUCUGAACCAUUGGAGUGGUUGAAGAAAUCGCACCCUGAACAGGUCCAAUUCAUUGCUGGAGACGUUGUCGAACCUCAGCUGCCUUCAAAGCUUGUUGACCUUGCUGUAUCCUCGUUCGGCAAGGUUGAUGGCCUGGUUAUCAACCAUGGCAUGUUGGCGCCCAAGAAGUUUGCAGACACCACGCUCGAAGAGUGGAAGAAGAUUUAUGACAUCAACGUCUUCAGCGGUAUUGCCUUGGCCCAAGCUGCGAUCCAAGAGCUGCGCAAAUCCAAAGGCUGCAUUGUCUGGGUGUCGUCAGGAGCAGCAGCCAAGCAAUAUGCCGCCUGGUCAAGUUACGGUUCAUCAAAGGCUGUCUACAAUUCUGUCUCGGCUCACAUUGCGCUCGAAGAGCCUGACAUCACUAGCGUUGCUAUUGCACCAGGUCGAGUCGACACUGAGAUGCAAGGAGUACUGAGAUCAGAAGGCCAAUCAUCAAUGAACAAGGCACAAUACGAUUCCUUCGUCGAAGCGAAAGAAAAGGGUAUCCUGCUCAAGCCCGAGCAGCCAGGGACUGUUAUGGCAAAGUUUGUCGCAGACCCGCUCAAAGAGCUGAGCGGCAAAUUCUUCUCAUGGAACUCACCAGAGGUCGAAGCAUACCAAGAAUAG